GAAAGUGAAAGGAUGGAAGAAAAAAAAAACUCACAAAGAUACCAAAAAAGAAAAAGAAAGAAUGAAAAGUCGUUACGUUAGAAAUCCCAAGUCCAAGGUCUCUGUCGUUUAGCCAUGGCGGAAUGGCGUGGAUUUGUGAGUGCGCCUUUGUAUCUCUUUCGCGAUGGAUUCUUCUGUCAAGUCGUUUUUUGUGGAAUUCAGAGCCUCCGCCAAUGCUUUCCUGUCCAAGUACGAGCCACUGGCUCUCGUUUUUGUCCCUCUUUUGGUCCUACUAUUGGCUCGGUUGCUUCAGUCAUUUCUGGAUCUUGUUUACGAAAGAGGACUUAAAGCCACCUUCUUAUCGUUCUUCAUGGCCACGAUUAAGUUAAUUCCAGGGGUGAAACGUCGGAUCGAUUCUGAGAAGCAGAAGGUUGUGGAAAAAUUACAAUCCAGCGGUAAUUCUAAAAGAGAAAGUUGGAGGACGGAGUUGCCAAUGGCAGGCCUAGGAACUGAAGUCAUUGAGAAAAUGAAAAAUGAGAAACAAAACGAUGUGGUUUGGCAAGGCAAAUGCUCCGGUACAGUCUACAUUGGAGGAUCUGAAUCUGAAGGUCAUUUUUCUCUCAUAAAUGAGGCGUGUUCAAUGUUUGCACAUACAAAUCCUUUGCAUUUGGAUGUAUUUCAAAGUGUGGUGCGGUUUGAAGCUGAAGUAGUGGCCAUGACUGCUGCUCUUCUUGGCAGUAAAGUGGAGGCUUCUGGAGGGCAAAUCUGUGGAAACAUGACAUCCGGAGGAACCGAAAGCAUACUAUUGGCUGUGAAAUCAACUCGUGACUAUAUGAAAGCCAAGAAGGGAAUUAAAAAACCUGAAAUGAUAAUACCUGAGUCUGCACAUUCAGCAUAUGAUAAGGCUGCUCAAUAUUUUAAUAUCAAGCUGUGGCGUGUCCGCGUAGACAAAGAAUUCAAAGCAGAUGUCAAAGCUAUUCGAAAAUUUAUCAACAGGAAUACUAUCUUGAUUGUUGGAUCGGCACCUGGGUUUCCUCAUGGAAUCAUUGAUCCGAUUGUUGAACUUGGGAAAUUAGCUUCUAGCUAUGGUAUUUGUCUGCAUGUUGACUUUUGUCUUGGCGGCUUUGUGUUGCCGUUUGCGCGUAAGCUUGGGUACCCAAUUCCACCUUGUGAUUUUUCAGUUAAAGGAGUGACAUCGAUAUCUGUGGACGUACAUAAAUAUGGAUUAGCACCCAAAGGAACAAGUGUAGUUUUGUACAGGAAUCAUGAGAUUAGAAAGCAUCAAUUUGUUGCUGUAAGUGAAUGGUCUGGUGGGCUUUACGUCUCUCCAACAAUAGCUGGAAGCAGACCUGGUGGCUUGAUUGCAGGGGCGUGGGCAGCAAUGAUAUCUUUGGGAGAAGAAGGAUAUUUGCAGAAUACAAAAGAGAUCAUGGAAGUGUCAAAGAGGGUACAUAGAGGGAUAAACGAAAUUCCCGAGUUAUUUGUCGUUGGAAAGCCAGACAUGACAAUUAUAGCAUUUGGGUCUUCUGUUAUUGACAUUUUUGAAGUCAAUGACGUUAUGUCAUCAAAAGGCUGGCAUUUGAAUGCGUUGCAAAGACCUAGCUGUAUUCACAUCUGUGUGACGCUUCAACACGUAUCGAUAGCUGUCGACUUUCUCCAGGACCUGCAAGAAUCUGUCAACACUGUAAAAAAGAAUCCAGGUCCAAUUAAUGGAGGAUUAGCUCCAAUAUAUGGUGCAGCAGAGAGAAUGACAGACAGAUCUAUGGUUCAGGAGUUGCUCAUAAGUUACAUGGAUGGUACAUGCUAGCAAGCAGUGGCAUGCCUCAUUUCUUCACAUUGGUUUGUUUCAUAUAGACUUGAUUUUAUAUUGUGUCAUUUUCCAAAAAAACAACUUUAAAUUAUGAAAAGAAUAAACUUUAUUCUUCAAAGUUUACAUAGUUUUAGUUGCUGUAAUGUGUUGAAUUAUUGGCUCAUUUUUAUCGUCUUAUAAACAUGUAUUGAAUACUUUAGAUGUAUGCUCCAAUACUAGGUGGUUGAUGAUUCUGAUGA